AUGCGCCUUAUCCAUAAUCAAAUCGUGGUUUUGUUUCGCAAUCUCCUUGAAGUAGGACUAACCUUUUGCGCAAUAAUGACAUCCUCUACUGAAGACCCAGAGCCUACUCAGGAGCUGCUGGAAGAUGCUCAGGGGGGGUUAGAAGACGUUGAUGACGGAAACUUGGUCAUCCAGGAUACUUCCUCGUCGGCAUCGACAAUGUACGAGGUCACUAGGGAACAAUCAGUGGCACUGAGAAUCAGCAACUGGUUUAUUCUUGAAAUUCUCGCUACCGUUGUAUCUGCCGGUGCCCUAAUAACUCUAGUUUCGGUGCUUGCCAUAUAUGAUGGAAAGCCCCAACCGGACUGGUACUACAUGUCACUCAACUCUUUCAUUUCCUGGCUAUCCACCAUCUCGAAAGCCUGCAUUCUCUUCUACGUCAGUGAGGCUUUGGGCCAGUCCAAAUGGGUAUGGUUCGCACAGAAAGUACAGCCUAUAAGACAUAUCCGCACCUUUGAUUCAGCGAGCCGAGGCCCUUAUGGGGCUCUUGAGUUAAUAUGGACUCUCCGCGGGAGACACUUUGCUGUAGUGGGUAGCCUGGCGGUUACCUUGGCACUCGCAUUUGAUCCAUUUGCCCAGAACCUGGUUCAGUACUACGAGGGCAAAGUGACAGACACAUCGAAUAACGCUACGAUUUCCAGCACCUCCUACUACGGAAACUACGGCGGUCUGUUCCAGGCGGAUGCCUUCUCGGUUGAAUAUGCGCUCAAAACGAACGUAUACAAUGUCUUCUUCAGCAGGGACACAGAAACGCCCUGGUCGAUACCUCGGUACGGAUGCUCAUCCACCAACUGCACGUGGGAUCUGGUAGUAUCCUUGGACGCCAGGGCUCUGUGCGCCAAUAUCACCGAGCAUCUGACGCAGUCGUGUAAGUAUACGUCCGUGGAAACAGAUUCGCGUACCGGAGAAGUUCUCAAUUGCACUGCAAGUCUCCCGAAGAGCCAUAUCGACGCAUGGGCUCUGCCUUAUGACCCAGAGAGCGAUGUCGCUCAAGCAGUAGGCUUUGUUGUGAAAGCCGCAGACUCUUCGCAGGCUAUCAUAUACACGAACGCAACAACCAGUGCGAUCCAGUUCGUCGAGCCCCUGAUGACUUAUCAUGGCUCGCCCGUAGGCCUCAGGUGGGAGGCCACAGAGUGCACAAUCGAGCCUGUCGUCCGCAGUUUUCGUGCGUCCGUCAAGAACAACAAUUACAGCGAAGAAACAGUUAAGAUUUGGCCAGAUCGCACCUUAGUCAAGAUGAAUUACACCGAUGAUCCCGAUUACCUUGACACAUAUCCAGAUUUCGCCUACACUAACGACACCGACUACCAAUGGCACUUCUACCCACCCUGGCCUGGAGAAUUGGCACACCUAAAUCCACCACACAAUAAAGUCUUCAACUACACCCUUUCAGCUGAGAAGGCCAUUGGGAAAUUCCUCCGCACCAUCCUGACGGGCUACUACUGGCAAAACACGACCGGUUAUGGGUAUACGCCCACAGAACCCGACGCAGCUCUGUAUGCAUCCCAGGACGUCCUUCAAGCGUUCCAUCGCGAAGGAAGAAAAUCGUGCAGCGACGUAUCCUGUAAUGUUGAGCCAGGCAGAUUUAACCGCACCAUGUCAAACAUUGCGCAGGCAAUCUCGAAGACCUUUCGGGAUUCGCAGGAUACUACUUACGGGCGAUCGGAGGUGACAGUCACCCAUAUCGCCGUGCGAUGGCAGUGGAUUUCACUUCCCAUCUUUAUUUGGCUGUUGGGCACUAUAGCGCUCUUUGGCACGGUGUGGAAAACCCGACAGAAGAGAGCGCCCAGGUGGAAAAAUGACCCACUGCCACUCCUGUUCCUGUAUACAGAUGGGCCCAAGCAGGAUGAUGGUUUAGACGGGCCAAAAGAAAGGCGGAUCACUGAUAUAAAUACACUAAAGGUCAAGUUGCACGGGGCCAGGUCCCACGAAUAG